CCGAUAAGAACAACAAUAACAACAGCAGUCCACGGCACAUAUGCUGCUCCCCCCAACAAAAAAAAAAAGAGAAAAACCUGUGAUCCACCCGAAAUCCACUGGGAAAUCAACAGAGCAGUCGCUCGUGGAAACACCAACGGAAUAUACCAUAUUAUUGAAAUAGGGGAGCACAUCGGACUAGAAACACCAACAACCGUUCGUGCGCCCGGCGGCCACAACAAUAACAAAAUCGCUUUUAAUUGAAAUUUAUUUGUUGUGAUGCGGCUGCCACGGGGGGUUCCGCCGUAGUCCCAGUACCGCCCCCUCAUCGCUUGGCCGGCCCGGUCCCUGACGCUGCCACUGCCUCGAAACCUUAAUUAACCGGAUCGGGGAGGAACUGGGCAUAGAGAGCAUGCCAAUGUUAAUUGGAGGCAAUCAAUGUGCCUGAGGUCCCUCUAUCGAACGGAAGAACCGAUCCCGCGGAGCCUCGGAAGCAGUUAGUUCUGCGGAGUUGCCGGAAUCGCAACAAUCAUGGCGGAGGAGCGCAACGAAAAGAAGGUCCUCUGCGAGAAGAUCAUCCAGGACAUAAAUGCGGUGUUCCAAAAGGAUGCAGACCUUGCCUCCUUUGAGAUCAUACCCAAGGAGACGAACUGCAACAAAUCGCCGGUGGUGCAUGUGGAGCACAACCUGGGCCUGGAGUCGUGGUGUGCCCAGCAUGUCUACGAUCAUGCCCAUCGCACCCUUAUCUCUCAUCGCCGCCAGACGUGGCAGCAACAGCUCCGCACCCUACAACAGCAGCAGCAGAGCGACUCCCUGGCCAAGUACCUGAAUGUGGCGCUGCUGAUUAAUCCGGACGUGACCACUUUCUGGCAUAUACGUCGCCAGCUGGUGCAGAAGAACCGCCUGAGCAUCAACAAGGAGCUUCAGUUCUCCGCCCUCGUGCUGUCCAUCAAGCCCAAGUCCAACGAGGCAUUCGCCUAUCGCCGUUGGCUCUACUCGUUCCAAAGCGCCGACGCCAUCGACUGGCCCAACGAGAUCGGAAUCUGCGAGCGGGCGGCGGAUCGGUGCGCCAGUAAUUACCAUGCCUGGUCGCAUCGCCAGUGGAUCCUGCAGAGCGGCCCCUGUCUGCUCCAAUCGGAGCUGCUGCGCACCGAGAAGUUCAUGCGGAAGCACAUCAGCGACUACAGCUGCUACCACUAUCGCCAGGUGCUCCUCGGACGAGCCUACGAGCUCUGCUUUGCCCUGCCCACCGCCGAACCCACCUCAAGUUCGGGAUCUUCAUCGCUGGCCAGUCUACAGCAACUACUGGCCGAGAACUAUGGCCUGCCGUGUCAGGCCAGAGCGGAGAGUCUGCUAAGCCUGCUCCUGCCCCAUGUGGAUCGGAGUUCUGUGAGCGAGCAGCGCCUGCGUUCCUUCCUCUACUGCUGCAAUGUGGCCGCCCACGAUAUGCGACUGUGCUCGGAACAGCGGACGCUGUACGGAGCGCGAGAUUGCUUCGAGCUGCAUCGCCGUGCAGCCCUCAAGUUUAUAGUGGAAGAGUGCGUUCGCUUGGAGGCAGGCCUGGCCAGUGGUCCGACGGUGGGGAAUGUUGCAAGCGCCGCAAAAGAGCUGCAAUCCCAUCUCACCAGUCUGGACUUUGAGGCGCAUCCGUUUCUGGGCGCCGUUCGCCAGGCAGAGUUCACGCUGGGCAGCAAGCAUCGCAGGUGGUGCAAUCUCCAUCUAAGCUUUGGCUAUCCGGCGGAUUAGGCCAUGUUAACACAGACACACA